AUGGACUCGUUAGGCGACGCGAAGACGCAGGUCAUGCGCCAGGUGCAGCAAGAAGCAGCCAUGCAGAAUGCGCGGAUGCUUGUAGAGAAACUCAACGAACACUGCUUCGAACGCUGUGUCCCUAAGCCCGGCACUUCCCUCUCCAAGGGCGAGGAAACCUGCUUCACAUCCUGCAUGGAGAAAUACAUGUCCGCGUGGAACACCGUCUCCAAAACUUAUGUCGCCCGGAUACAGAAGGAGAGCCAGCAGGGGGCUGGAUUGGCAAACACGUUCUAAUCUUGCGCGGGAUAGCCCGGAACCAAGAACUGUGAUUGGGGAGAAGGGAAAUUUUUGGAUUGAGAGAACAUGGAAUUGAAUGAUGCCUCGAGGAUGACCGAAGAGGAGAACGGCGAUAAAUUUUCGAUUGAUGUGUAGGAUUCCAAGGAUGAAGGGACACAUGUGAAAAGGUAUGCGAACAUACAUGUAGGAAGGCACGGCGCAGCUUGUGUCUUGCAAUCUGUUGGCAUCCCAAAUGUAAUAUAUG